AAGAUGGCGCUACCCAACAAGAAACAUGCACGUAUCCAGGCAUCCGUCAGCCCUGAAGGAUUUACUGUUCUCUCUUUACAGUUCAGCUCCGACAGUCCUGCUCGGCACUCCGUGUUCGUGAAGGAGCACAAAGUGCGAGCCCAGAAGAGUUCGGGCAGACCACUGGACCGGACUUUAUUUGUGCUCAACAUCCCUCCGUACUGCUCCGAGGCUGUCGUCAAGGAUUUGUUCUCCCAGUUCGGCAGCGUCAGGUCCGUAGAGCUGAGAGAUCAUCCGGGUUCUUUUGAGGAGUCUGGACCCAAGCUGUCCAGGUUCUUCAAACCAGCUGAGAAACAGGGUUUCAAAGUGGGCUACGUGGUGUUUGAGAGUCCAUCCAGUGUAGCAGCAGCUAAAUCCCACCCUCAUGAUGAGCCUCUGGUGGUCUGCACAGAGCUGCGUCCCGUCAAAACCGGAGUUCAGAAAUGGAUCCAGCAGUACAGCAGGUCCUUCAUCCACACCGAAGAACUCCAACAAACGGUCGACUCUUUUAUGCAGGACUACGACAAGCGUAAAGAAGAGGAGGCAGAGCGGGAGAAGCAGGAGGCUGAGAAACAACAGGAGGACGAGGAGGGCUGGAUAAAAGUUACCAGGGGGCACAAAGGAGCGAAGGCCCGCCCCCACAGCGAGGCAGCCAAUCAGAGAGUUCUGCAGAGGGAGAAGAAUAAGAAGAUGAGGAAGGAGCUUCUGAACUUCUACUCCUGGCAGCACAAGAAAACGCAGAAAGAACAUAUUGCUGAACUGAGGAAGAAGUUUGAAGAGGACAAACAGAGAAUAGCUCUAAUGAGAGCUCAAAGAAAGUUCAGACCUUACUGAAUCAACUUUUUUUUUUUUUUUUUGCUUUUCAGUUUCAUUUUU